AUGAGCGAUGCUCGACGACCCGGUUCGGUUCCCAUACCCAACAUCGAAAAAGCCGACCGCUCGGAGCUUCUUCGUGCUCUCGAGGCCUCUAUUGGCUCAGCUUUCAGCCCUGAGCCACUCUGGCCCAAUCCCAGGCCUCUGGUUAUUGUCAUAAGCGGUCCAAGCGGUGUGGGCAAGGACGCUGUGAUAAAAAAGCUCAAGGAUUUGAACGAAAAUUUGCAUUUUGUGGUCACAGCGACGAGCCGGGAAAUGCGGCCCGGUGAAGUUCAUGGUAAAGAUUAUUACUUUGUGAGCAAAGAGGAGUUUCUUACAAUGGUUGAGAGAAAUGAGCUUUUGGAAUAUGCAUUGGUGUAUGGAGACUAUAAGGGUAUACCAAAACAGCAGAUAAGGGAUUAUAUGGGAAAAGGGUAUGACAUAGUUUUGAGAGUUGACAUUCAGGGUGCUCAAACUUUGAGGAGGAUUCUUGGGAAUUCGGCUGUUUUUAUCUUUUUGAUGGCAGAGAGUGAAGCCAAGCUUGUGGAGAGGUUGAUUGAUAGGAAAACUGAGACUAAGGAGUCUCUUCUUGUUAGAAUUGCCACUGCCAGGGAGGAGGUGAAGCAUGUUAACAAUUUUGACUAUGUUGUGGUCAAUGCAGAGGGGAGGUUAGACAAUGCGGUUAAGUUGGUCGAGUCCAUUAUCGACGCAGAGAAAGCUAAGGUCCGGCAGAGGCAUUCUGUGAUAUAG